AUGGAGUUCAUGAGCGACCUCGGCUCAAAUGCCGAUAUAUAUCGCCCUUCACUUUUUGAACUGAUCGCGCAAGAGAAAAUGCACGAGCUGCUACAGCCUGCUAUUAGAUAUAUUUUGUCUGUUUACGCUCAACGAUAUCCAAGAUAUCUUUUGCGCAUAGUUAAUAGGCUCGACGAGGUCUAUGCAAUUAUAUUGCUUUUUAUUGAGAGACAUUAUUUAAAAGAAUGGGGUGCCUCUUUCACGGAAAACUUUUAUGGACUGAAAAGAAUACGUAGUCUUCGAACAACUAUGAACUUGGGCGAGAGUUCAAGUAAAGAACUUGAAAAGCUUCGAGAUCGUGAUAUAUGGCGUUCCUUAUUAGCAUUGAUCGGCAUUUCAUAUAUAAAGACUAAACUAGAUGAUUACUAUGAAUCAGUUAGUGGAGGUGCUGGGGUGCGAUAUUUAGGAAGCAGCAGAACAUCACUAAGGGAAGACGUGAACUACCAUCGAUUGACCCUCGCUGAAAAAACGCGUUACAUACUUCGAAAUUUCUUCAGUGAUAUUUACCCUUGGAUUAAUAGUUUCUAUAAUAUUUCCAUUCUGGCAUAUAAUAUUGCAUACUUGUAUGAAAAAACUCGCUAUUAUACUCCUUGGCUACAUUUUCUGGGAAUAGAAAUUCGUAGGAUGAGUGUUCAAGAUUAUCGUGAGUAUACCCAAAGAAAAAUUAUAAGUGAAAAUAUCCCCCGUGUGCCAACAACGCGUUUCCAAGCAGGAGCUAAUUUCUUAUACACAAUCUUGUCGCGUGGUUUUGACUUCUUGAAAAUACUACUGCCAAUGUCGAUAUUCUUUUAUAAAUUUUUGGAAUGGUGGUAUUCUAGCGAAUUUACGCGUAAACCAGGCGGUGACAGCGAAAUUGAAGUUCCUCCACCUGAAAAACUAUUGCCGGAUCCCCGUGGACUUCCGGUUCCCAAUAUUCCAAAUACUUGCCCAAUAUGUUCAAAUCCACUAAAUAAUCCAACUGCACUCCCAUCUGGCUAUGUAUUUUGCUAUAAAUGUGUAUACAACUAUGUAGAAAAUUAUAAUCGCUGUCCAGUAACUUGGAUCAGAGUUGACAUUGAUAGAUUGAGAAAGGUUUACAAUGCAAUUUCAUAA